ACAAUAUGUAACCGCAGUAAUGAGAGUAGUAUAUACAUAUACUAUGUAUAUAUAUAUAUACUACUUAUAUAUAUGUUCUUCCACAAUCUACAAAAGAGAGAGUAAUAAGCUAUGACUCUCCAAACCAAAACCUCAACACUACUCAUAUUAUUAUUAUUAUCAACAUUCCAUUAUUCCAUUGUUGUAGCUAACCAAGCUGGAAAAUGGAAGUUGUUGAAAAAAAGCAUAGGAAUUUCAGCAAUGCACAUGGCUCUAAUGCCCAACAACAAAAUCAUAGUCUUUGAUCGAACCAAUUUUGGUCCAUCAAAUCUCACCAAAAAAAACUGCCCAAAUAUUAAUUCAUUACAACCACAACAAGAUUCUUCUUCCUCUUGUUACGUUCACUCAGUAGAAUUUGACCCAUCAAAACGCACCGUACGACCUCUUACUAUACUCACCGACACGUGGUGCUCAUCCGGCGCUUUAUCAAACGACGGCGUUUUAAUCCAAUCUGGCGGUUACCAAAGAGGCGAACGCGUCGUUCGUUACUUUACUCAAAAUACCGAUUGGGUUGAAGAUCCUAAUGGGUUAGUUACGCCACGUUGGUACGCUUCUAACCAAGUCUUAAACGACGGUAAAAUUAUUGUCGUUGGUGGAAGGUAUCAAUUUUCUUAUGAAUUUAUUCCUAAGAAAACUGAUUCUGAUCUUAAACUGUACGACUUGUCGUUUUUGAAAGAGACGAGGUAUUUGGAUAAUGUUCCUAAUAAUCUUUACCCAUUUCUUCAUCUCUCUCCUGAUGGUUCCCUCUUUAUCUUCGCCAAUGACCGUGGAAUUUUGCUUGAUUUUGGUUCUAACAAGAUUCUCCGGCGAUUUUCCGCCAUGCCCGGCGGAGUUUCGAGGAAUUAUCCCAGUACUGGUUCUUCGGCUAUGCUUCCUCUUGAUUUGAAUGGAAAUGUGGGUAUUCCUAAAGCUGUGAUUUUGAUUUGUGGGGGUACUUCGCCGGACUCUAAUCUUAAAGCUGUUGCCGGUGAGUUUAUUCCGGCGACGAAGAGUUGUGGCCGGUUGACUAUCACGGAGGUGAAUCCUAAGUGGGAAAUGGAGGAAAUGCCGAUUGGGAGAGUUAUGGGUGAUAUGAUUUUGCUUCCGACUGGUGAUGUUCUUAUUAUCAAUGGCGCCGGAAAAGGAACCGCCGGGUGGGAUUCUGCUCGUGACCCGGUUUUAAACCCGGUUUUAUAUCGACCCGGGAAUGAACCCGAAACCCGCUUCGAAACUCUUGCUCCAACAACAAUCCCACGGCUCUACCACUCCACAGCUCAUUUACUCUCCGACGGCCGGGUUUUAGUCGGCGGCAGCAACCCGAACCGGAGUUACAACUUCUCCACACUUUUUCCGACUGAGCUAAGUCUUGAAGCGUUUUACCCACCAUAUUUGAGUAGUCCUAAUCGGCCAUUGAUAACUUCUAUGAAACCAGUGAAGAAGGAGAUGAGUUAUAACCAGACGAUUUCCGUACAUUUUCGGUCAAACUACGAAGUCAACGGAGAGAAGGGUAUUUCGGUCAAUUUGGUGGCUCCAUCGUUUACUACACAUUCUUUUGCAAUGAACCAAAGAGUUUUGGUUUUGGAUAUGAGAGAGUUGGAAAAUAAAGGGAAGUCGAAUAAGGGUAAAUGGUAUGAGUAUGUGAGUGACGGUCACGCGCCGUCGAGUGCGGCGGUUGCUCCGCCUGGGUAUUAUAUGUUGUUUGUUGUGGUUGAUGGUGUUCCUAGUAGAGGAAUGUGGGUCAGAAUAGUAAAUGAGUAGUAGUUGUAGUUGUUACUCUUCAAUUAUGAAUUUAUUGUGAGUGAAUUUAUUUGAUUGUGUUGACUUCAAAGUCAAAUAAAUUCUUCUCCAAAAA